AUGACCGCCUUGCACUCUGCUGCCGGUCCCACGACCGCGGGCCCCAGGGAGUAUGACCCGGAGAUCAAUGACAUGGCCAGCUACAUCCACAAGUACAAUGUGGACUCGGACCUUGCGUUCGAUACUGCCCGAUGGGUUUUCCUGGACACUCUGGGCUGCGGUCUGGAGGGCUUGCGGUUCAAGGAGUGCACCAAGCUCCUUGGCCCGAUCGUCCCCGGCACCGUGGUUCCCAACGGCGCGAGGGUCCCAGGAACACCGUUCCAGCUGGAUCCCGUCAACGGUGCGUUCAACAUUGGCGCCAUGGUCCGCUGGCUCGACUACAAUGACUGCUGGUUGGCCGCGGAGUGGGGCCAUCCCUCCGACAACUUGGGCGGUAUCCUUGCCGUCGCCGACUGGAUCUCGCGCACCAACCGCGCCGGCGGGAGCUUGGGCAACGGCAAGGUCUUGAAGAUCCGCGAUGUGCUCGAGGCCAUGAUCAAGGCCCAUGAAAUCCAGGGUGUCCUUGCCUUGGAGAACUCCUACAACAAGGUCGGAUUGGACCAUGUUGUCUUGGUCAAGGUUGCGACCACCGCCGUUGUCUCCAAGCUCAUGGGCUUGACCGAACAGCAAACUGCAGACGCCAUCACCCAGGCCUGGGUUGACGGCCAGAGCUUGCGGACGUACAGACACUCCCCCAACACCAUGUCUCGUAAGUCAUGGGCGGCCGGAGAUGCCUGCCAGCGCGCGGUCAACCUGGUCCUCAAGGUCCAGAAGGGUGAGCCCGGUAUUCCCACCGUCCUCUCCGCCCCCGUCUGGGGCUUCUACGAUGUGCUCUUCAAGGGCAAGAAGUUCCAGUUCCAGCGUCCAUAUGGAAGCUACGUGAUGGAGAACGUCCUCUUCAAGGUCUCCUAUCCAGCCGAAUUCCACUCCCAGACCGCUAUCGAAGCCGCGACCAAGGUCAACGCGACCCUCGCCAAGAUGGGCAAGUCUGCUGAAGACAUCAAGGAGGUCACCAUCAGAACCCACGAAGCUUGCGUCCGCAUCAUCGACAAACAGUUCAAGCCCAUGGACAACUUUGCGGACCGUGACCACUGCAUCCAGUACAUGGUUUCCACCAUGCUCGUCUUCAACCGCCUUGUCGCCACCGACUACACUGAUGGAUCCGAAGCUGCCACCUCUCCGCUAGUUGAGUCUCUGCGCAAGCGCAUCCGAUGCGUGGAGGAUCCUCAGAUGACCAAGGACUACCAUGACCCUGCGCUCCGCACCAUCCCCAACGCCCUCACCGUCACGUUGAACGACGGCACCGUUCUGGAGGAGAUUGUUGUCGAUGCUCCUCUGGGCCACCGCCUCCGCCGUGAAGAGGCCAAGCCCGAGAUCCUGGCCAAGUACAAGCGCCACCUCGAGGCCCACUACGAUUCCUCCAAGGUCAAGAGUUUGAUCGACCUCGGCCUUAAGCAGCAGGAGUUGGAGAACACCGAUGUUGACAAGUACGUUGACUUGUACGUCAAGGAAAAGGUUGACUUUUAG